GCGGCGGCACCGGGUGGGGCGAGCGGCCUGAGCCGGGCGAGCGGAGACCGCAGCUAUGUCGGCCGCUUUCAGGAAAGCCGCCAAGUCGGGGCAGCGCCCGCACCGCGAGCGGGCACAGCCCGCCGCCCGGAAGAAGCUGGGCUUGCUGGAGAAGAAGAAGGACUACAGGCUCCGCGCCGCUGACUAUCACAAGAAACAAAAUGCCCUCAGAGCGCUUCAAAAGAAAGCUCUGGACAAGAAUCCCGAUGAGUUCUACUUUAAAAUGAUACGUGCAGAGCUCCAGGAUGGAGUUCAUAUAAUAAAGCAGCCAAAGGAUGAAGUGACCCCCGAGCAGGUGAAAUUGAUGAGGACACAGGAUAUUAAAUAUGUGGAAAUGAAGAGAGUGGCAGAAGCCAAGAAAAUCGAGAGGCUGAAGUCUGAGCUCCAUCUGCUGGAUGCGGAGGGGAAGAAUCCCAACAAGCACAUGUUCUUUUUUGAUACCAAAAAAGAAGUUCAGGAGUUUGAUAUUGCAACUCAUCUGGACACUGUUCCAGAGCUCGUAGAUAGAGUGUACAACCGACCAACCGUUGCAACGCUGCAGAAAGAGACACUGAAAGGAGCUACUGAUCCUGCCCACUUAAAGAAAUUAGCUCAGCAAAGGAAGAAUCAAUAUGACCUCCUGAAGCAGCGCAUUGAAAGAGAAAAGGCCAUGUUUGUUAUUGCACAGAAAAUCCAGACACGUAAAGAUCUUUUGGACAAAGCUCAUAAAGUAAAGGUGAAGAAAGAGACAACAAAUGGUCCAGCAAUUUACAAAUUCAAAUUUCAGCGGAAACGUUAGCCAUUCCAUUAAGUAAUUGUUACCUUACGGGUUCUCCUUAUGAAGGAGGACUGAUACGCCAUAGCAGGUUGUUUUUCACUGCGGCCUAGCACUUUGUUAAAACAAAUUACUGUGGGCCUGUGGUAGCCAUAAAUAUAUUGUAUCUAAUUAAUUGAUUAAUAAAUCGGAGAGUUUGUUCUCUUGGUAUUUACAGUG